AUGUCUGUCGAUGCACUCCUCGUUAUUACCACGGUCAUCAUCUGUGUUCUCAGCAACCGUGGUCUAUAUGGCGCUCAGAGUCAUUCAGGAUACAUUUCCAUUCCAGAACGAUCAGGAUUACGAAGUCCAGGUGGUGGACUAUUUUUGCAAGUUCGCAAGCCCUACGUGGACGACUGGUAG